AAACUUCGAUGUGGUAGGGACGUCCCAAGGAUUCCAGUUAGCACCGACCAAGCUGCUCCCCAUCUCUACGCACGCAGUCAGGAAUCAACCCGCUGUCGCCGGCAUAUUGAACUCGGAACUGGCUACCAGGAGAAGAAAAGAGUCUGAAACAUUGACGUCUGUAUUUAUAUGAGAAACAGUUUACGUUCAAUUAAUAUAUUAGCAACACCUAGAUUUCUGAAAGCCAUUCCAAAACAAGACAAUGGCUGUGAACGUUUACUCAACCUCGGUGUGCAGUGACAAUUUGAGUCGUCAUGACAUGCUUGCAUGGAUUAAUGAAUCGUUACAGAUCAACCUUACCAAGAUAGAGCUGUUAUGUUCAGGUGCGGCCUACUGCCAGUUCAUGGACAUGCUUUUUCCCGGCUGUGUGCCUUUGAAGAAAGUCAAAUUUGCUGCAAAACUAGAGCACGAGUUCAUUCACAACUACAAGAUCUUGCAAGCUGGCUUCAAAAGAAUGGGUGUUGACAAAAUCAUCCCUGUUGACAAAUUGAUUAAAGGCAAGUUCCAGGACAACUUUGAGUUUGUGCAGUGGUUCAAGAAGUUCUUUGAUGCCAACUACGAUGGGAAGGAGUACGACCCUGUGGAGGCUCGCCAGGGCCAAGACACCAUGCCCAGCCCUGCCGUGUCUGCUCUCAACAAACCCAAGAAGAUCCUCAAUGCUGCACCCCAGCGGGCAGCAGUUGCCAAGGUAGCACCCAAAAUGGCGCCCAGCUCGGCACGAAGACCAGGGGCUGGCGGAGGUGACGAGGAGCGGGCCGAACUCAUCCAGGAGGUGAAUAUACUGAAGUCCACCAUCCAGGACAUGGAGAAGGAGCGGGACUUCUAUUUUGGCAAACUGAGGAACAUUGAGCUCAUCUGCCAAGAGAAGGAAGGCGAGGGCGACCCCACACUGCAGAGGAUUGUAGAUAUACUCUACGCCACAGACGAGGGCUUCGUCAUACCGGACGCUGAGUCAGAGGACCACGAGGAGUUCUAAUGUUCAAGACUGGAUCAUGCAACUUUUAAUACUACCCCCCCCAGCCCCUUCAAUCAGCUACAACAGCUCCCAUCCCCACCCUGCGUACCACACCCUAAACAUCCAGAUCAUGUUAUUAUUGCUUGGUCUCUGAAUAGAAUAUAUCAAAAAUAUUUUUUGGUGGUCUGUCAAAUCAAGUUCAAAUAAGUAGUGUGAAGUACCUCUGAAGCCCCUUCUUCGGUUCAUCCUAUUGGCCUGUGCCAGGGGCGGUCUUGGCAUCAUGUUGGAAGAAGGCGACUAUUUUGGCUCUCUAUUUGGGUCCAGAAGAGUGACCUGUCAGUCUGUAAGAUUCUGCUUUUUUUCUUGGUCUUUUCCCUAACUUUCUGUCUCUUCUGGGAAUUGGAGUUAAAAGUUCGUUGGCACCUGCACUCACUUUUGUACAUUGUAUUUUUCUUAGUUGACUUGUUUCCCAAAUUGUCAUAGUCUUUCCCAUAUGUAUAUUGUUUUUUGGGUCUGAGAAAAUGUACUAAGUUCCUAAUAAUUUCAAUAGAGAAAGUGUUUUAGAUGGGUUCAAUGGAUGGUUAAUGUACUUAUUGUGGAAGAAUUGUUUUCUUCACUAACCACAACUCAUAUUUUCAAAAUUCUUUAAUUUGGUCUCAUCCAGUUUGGAGAUUAACCUGUUUUAAAUAGUGCUAUUCUUUAUUCCAGGAAAGUGGAUAUUAUUAUUUUUCUCAAAGAUACAGGACAGCUCAUAACAUGACAAUAUUUAAUGCUGAAGAAACAUGUUAGAACUACAAGUUUACGGUGGAAUACUUUGUGCGCGAUUUAUCUGUUUUGUUUGUCUCUUGGCUGUUGGAAGGCAUGUGCACUGUGGAUGCCAGAAACUCCCCUGGUCCCAACCCAUCCCAAACUACCUGCUUUGGGUUUUUUGGCUUUUCUCCCGAUAUAUCAUUUGUCAGUUGGCAGGGGAUAGAAGUUUUAACUUGAUUUAGCCUCUAGUGUCUAAUUCAUCCUCUUAGGGAAUGUGAAAGGUGAGUGACUUUGCUGUUGUUUUUCUUUUUCAUUUCUACUUACUCAACAAAAAAACAAAAUACUCCUGGUUCUGUAGCAUGUUUUAACACUCCAGUUGUGAGUUUGAAUCUGUUUUGAUCAUGUAGCAACUGCACCAGUGACAGGUUCUAAGGCCCAAAACGCUGAUAUGCCAAUAGCUAGUCUGCACUAGAAGAUCAGAUUAUUUUUUUGAAUUGCUUUAUUCCUAAUGAGUAAAAAAAUAAAUAAUACUUUUCAUAACCUACGUAGAUGUGACUUUGAUGUACUUUUUUUUUUAUUUUUUUGCAGAUGUUUGUAAUAUGAUUUAAAGAAUUGUAAUUUAAGCUCUUAUCAGUUUUUUUUCUCUGCUGCUCUGAAAUAAAGAUGUGUAGAGAAUCUGG